GAGUACCUUUUGUUUUAUAUUUUUUGAAAAAUGAGGAGCUCCUUUCUUCUUUUAUCCUGAGAUAUUUCUCUGCUGCGCAGAAGAACAAUAUCAGCUUGAGGUGUACGGACUCUCCCAACUCGUUCGAUUCUUUGGAAAUCUCUGUCCCUACUUCAGUCAAAACAAAAAGGAAACGGAGUUGAUGGCUGCCUCAAUAUCUCUAUGCACAUCAAAUCUGAUCAGUGCAUUAAGCACACACAACCCAAGGUACCUGAGAUUGAGGCCAGAAAUAUUAUUUAAAUUCUCUGGUCUUAUUUCAAAAGGAAGCCAUCGCCAUCAAGUCCAUCAGGCUGGCAAAUCAUUCCGUAGGCUGAGGGUAUUCGCUGUAACUAAAGGUUCAGCAAAAUCGAGCCAGUCAGAAGAGAAAAUUCCUUCUUGGGCUAAACCAGAUUCUGAUGAGCCGCCUCCUUGGGCUCGAGAUGAACUUAAAGAUGCAUCCGGACAAGCCUUCGAAAUCCCUUUCUAUGCUUAUUUGCUCGCCUCAGCUGUGACUGCUAUAGCUGCGAUAGGUUCAGUUUUUGAAUACGUAAAUGAGAGGCCCGUUUUUGGAGUCUUGAACUCAGAUAGUGUGUUUUAUGCUCCGCUGCUUGGAUUCUUUGCCUUUACAGGCAUACCCACUUCGGCUUUCUUGUGGUUCAAAUCUGUUCAAGCGGCUAACAAGGCUGCUGAGGAGCAAGACCGCAGAGACGGCUAUCGCUAGAAACAUUUGUGCAAUGCUGCAAGCUUCCAUGUUUUAUAAUUUGUAACUGAUUCAUACCCCUUAUGAAAUUAUUUAGAAGGCUUGUAUAUUCAAUUUUCAAA